GAGGAAGUUAACCUCAAUGGACCAUGGACCUGUACUUCAGCUGGAGAAAGGUUCCUUCUCUGUGACGACACUGAUGCCCAAGGACACCGAAUCCUGAUAUUUUCUACAGACUCCAACUUACAGCACUUGUGUGCAGCGGACACCGUUUUCAGUGAUGGGACAUUUUAUUCCUGCACCAGAUUCUUCACACAACUCUACACACUGCACGCCAAUGUGAACGGAACUAUGUUUCCCCUCGUAUUUGGACUUCUACCCAACAAGAGUGAGGCCACUUACAACCGUUUCUUAGUGCUUCUGAAGGAUGCAGUUAGUGACCGGCAGUCUGUGUUAACUCCCGAAAAUUGGUUACUGGACUUCGAAAUCGCCGCAAGGAAUGCAGUUCAUGGAAACUUCCCUAGGACAUCUAUCAAGGGAUGUUUUUUCCAUUAUACCCAGUGCAUAUGGAGGAAAGUCCAAUCAUGUGGAUUGACGACACAAUUCCGGGAGGAUGAAGACUUUCAUCGCCUGGUAAGGAGAGCGGCUGUUCUUCCCUUGGUUCCAGAACAGCGAGUGGAAGACGUGUGGUUUGAGGCACUAGAGGACAACGAAGACGAUAACCAAGAUGUCGGACGUUUCAAAGACUAUGUGACCGAGACUUGGGUUGAGGGCCAUCUGAUGAAUUGGAACCAUUAUGACAAUGAAGGACCAAGGACAACAAAUGCAGUGGAAGGAUGGCACCACAAGUUCAACCGGAUGUGUCGGCCCCCCCAUCCAAAUUUGUUCAUGUUUGUACAAUUAAUUCAGAAGGAGCAGGCAGCCAAUGAAGCCAAGAUGAUUCAGCUUGCUGCUGGUGGUGUUGUACGUCCCAAGAAAAGGAAAUAUCGACAAUUGGACCGGCACAUCCAGGACCUGAAGGACAGACUACGCCGAGGAGAUAUCCAGAUAAUGGACUACGCAGAUGCUGCCUCUCAUCUACUGCAUUUGGAGUGA